UUGGUAAAUCCGAAUCCAUAUUUUAGGCAGCAUCAGCUUGCAUCAGCUUAUCUACCAAGUUCGGUGCGGUCAUUUAAGUAGUAAGUAAUCAGUCUAGAAGCCACAAAAAUAUACGUUCUACUAUCGUGCCGUUAUGAGAAUGAAGGACAUUGCCGCAGCACCUACGAUGUCCGAGCAAAAAGCUCUCGACCAACAGUCAGGUGCGAUACACUCCGAACCAGCUCAAAUCUAUGGAGAUGAAGGGGUUCCUCACGACUCGGACGACGAGCCCAUGGUCUAUGAGACACCCCAAGACUAUGCCACCUCAGCGCGCCAGGAGCGUGACCGCCUCAUCGCUGAGGGCGCUGAUCCUAAUUCUGUUAUUCUCCAAAGCGAACUACGCAAUCAUAUCUUACGACAAGAAGGCGAAUCCUCUGCCGACUUUGCGAAGCGUUAUGCUGAGACUAUGAAAGACAUGAUUGAUCGCGGUGUUUCUAUUCUAAAUGAUCAGUGUAUUGCUGAUGUGGUGGCAUCCGGAUUUAGAACUGCAGAUGGAAGGUUUUUUGAUCUAGGCCCAGGAUCGGGCGCAACAAAGAGGGAAUUUCGAGAAUUUAGUCAGUGGUUUCCAGAGAUGUCGGAAGAAGGACGGAUUCACGAGGUGCCGGAGAAGUGGUUGAAGUUUGAGAAGCCAGCCAAAGGGUGAUUUGAUUGUAACAGCGGGGACAGGCCGUGAUCAUGAAUUGGUGAUGAUAAGUCUCAGGUCUUCUAAUAAUACCGUGGUCUCCUUGCCGGUACUCACAAGUACUUACCUUUGUUUCAUUGCAAAGACAUCUAUAGAGAACUGUGAGCCUAAUAACUGAACCUUAGUAAGCACCCAGUCCCGUGCUUGGCCCC